AUGUCGUCGGGCUCAAAUCGCAAGGGCCUGUUGCCCACUUCCAACGCUCAACCGUCCUCGCCGGGUCCGGACACUGCCACUCCUCCACCCGUCCAACGUCGAUCCUCCCAGCCGCUGCCAGGCAUUUCGGCCACUGCUUCGUCUCUCCGCAGCCGCAGAGCUGGCUCGACUUCCACUGGAUCUACCUCGUCUAGCUCGAAACAGCAGCAGCUCCACGACAUCGCCGACAACGACUUUGAUGACGAAACGCCUGGAGACUACGAUCCUGGCACCCAGCCCUCUCCCAACAGCCGCGCGAAUCGCGCCAAGUCACCUGCGAACCUGCUGAGAUCGGCUCUGGUUCCGGGCUCGUCUCAGAAGACGGCGGCCAAGCCUCCGGCCAUUUCGACUGCUUCUGCACCCAAGAAGACGGGCCUAACCGCUCCGUUGUCUCCGCCUGCCACCACCUCGAAUCGCUUCAAGGGCACACCCGCUCGAGCGACACGCUACUCGUUACCCGUUCGCACCGAGAAGCCUGUUCGAACUACAAAGACCUCAGGAAAGCACGUCGUCCUGCCCUCCGAGUCUCAGCUGGCACCUCUGCCAGGCGAGGAAGAUGAGGAUGACGACGAUGAUGACGAUGACGAGGAGGAUGGAUCGGACGAGGAAGAAGUCACCGACGACGAGGACGAAGCAUCCACUCCCUCUAGCACCGUACCAACCACGCCUGCGCUGAUCACGCCCGCCAAGCCGCCCGCCAAGGUGCCUGUCACUACGCCCAGACCCGGUCCGACCAUCCCUUCGACUCGACACACGGCACCAGCUCCCGUCUCGGGUAAGCUCGUGACCCCUGCUUCCAAAAGCUCGCAGCGACCCGCAGCAUCUUCUGCUCUCGCCCGUGCCGCCGUCUCGUCCGUCUCGGCUGCGCAAGCUCGUCAUGCUCAGAAGGGCAAGCCCAAAGCUGCGACCACAUUCCGCAAUGCUGCGAGUCGCGCGCCUCCGCUUCGUCCACACAAGUCCGGGCCGGUCUAUCACACGUUCGAGCGCAUGCCUCCCACCGCCAGGCUCAUGACGCCUUUGCCUCGAGUAACCGCUUUCAGUAUCUCUACCUCGAUCCAUCUCGGCACGCUGCUUGGCUUCUUGCGUCGCGAACACGGCGUCAAGCCUCGUCUCUACGACGAAUGCGCUUACGCCGUCUACACCAAGCCGCUUCUGCCUGGCUUCGGACGUGCCAAUGUUCGCUCUGCCCCUGAGCCUCGCUCUGCCAGCCCAGGCGCCGAGUCUCGAAGGGAAAGGGAGCUCGAGCAGCGCGAAGAAUUCGGCUACAUCGGCACCUACUUUGAGCACCGCCAAGAAGAGGACGAGGACAUCGAUCAAGAUGGCUACAUCAAAGGUGGCGAAGGCCGAGGAUCCGACAGCGAGACACGAAGGCGAGGCGACUCGCACCGCGGCGACGGACGCGGUGGAGAGACGUCCGCUUGGGAGAGCGAAGCCGAGAGAUGGACCUCAAACGAGCGACGCAACAGCCGAGACCGUGACCUCACCGACCGCGAGCAAGAAGAGGCACAGGUCGCCAACGCAGCUCACCAGCACGACCGCAAUCAGACAACGGACAGCAGCGCGCAUCCCGUCAGCAGCAGUCUCGAGGACGACGAAGGUAUGCUCGCCACCCCUCUAGCCCGCCCUGUGGCUCCACCGCGCAAGCUUUCGGACAGCGACAACGAGGCCGGCGCCGAGACGCGCCCCUUCCUUCUUGAGCGUCGACGCGGCAGUCAGAGCUCCAUGUCUGAUGUCGAGGCCCUGCCACCUUACCGCGGCGCCAGCUCGCCGGUCGGCUCACCCGUCGACGAGAUCGCGACCGACAAGAGCGAGCUGGCCAUCAACCGCCUCGACUCGGCGGGCGCCCGCGACAUGAUGCUGCAGCAACGGGCAGAGGAGCGAGGCGAGACUGAGCCCAUGGCCCACUCAUACCGCUCCAAUGAGCUCAGCAUUAUCUCGGACGUGGAGGAGGCUGCCAACUCAUCGCGCGAAGAUACUGCUGAUCCUGGGCUCGCACGCUCCGGCGCUCCCGAUGGCUUGCAGACACUCGACGAGAAUGCUGCCAGCGAUCGUCUCGGGAACAACAAUGACGCGCAAGGCACUGGUCAAAAUGCCGAAGAGCAGGUCCAAGAACGCAGGACACGAAAGGUCAAGCUGCGUCGUCGAAAGCGCCGCUACGCAGGCCCCAACAUGGCCUCGCACAACCACGACACUUCGGCCAACCUCAACACGCCUCGUCCGAUCCUCGAGGCGCUGCAGUCGGCCGAGCUCGUCAUCCUGCCCUACGGUGUGCUGGUCAUGUACAACUUUUCCGCAGCCGAGGAGAGAAGCAUCAUCGAAGAUGUUCUCUCGUCUGGAUGUGCGCGUGAACCGAUGGACGAGGCAGCCCGCGAGACGGAAGCCUUCCAUUUCUGCUACGACCCCAACAUCUCUGCGCCUCGCAUCUUGUACGACUUUUUCACCUUCCGUGCGCCCAACCAUCUGCUCAAGCUCUCGCUCGCGCACGCCAUUGCGCAGUCGACCAAGCUCUCGGUGUUCGAGGAGAGGAUGCAGGCGACGCUCGAGCUCACCUCGCACAUUCCCAAGGAGAUGGCGUCGAGUGGCGAGCUGAAGCUCAAGAGGAGGGAGGCGCUCCGCUUGACGGGCAGGUUGUUCAAGCUCAGGGUCGAUGUGAACCUGACGAGCAACGUGCUGGAUACGCCGGAGCUGUUCUGGUCGGAAGCGUCGCUCAAGGCGCUCUACGACGCGAUUCGAGAUUAUCUGGAGGUCGAUGAGCGGGUCGAGAACCUCAACGAGCGAUUGGCGGUGGCAAACGAUCUGCUGGAGAUCAUUCACGAGCACAUUGCCAACACGGCCAUGUCCAAGAUCACAUGGAUCGUUAUCAUCCUCAUCAUUGUCGCAUGCGCCGUAGCCGUGGGCGAGAUCUCGGCGCGAUUCAUCGUCGGUGCCAACCGCAGCGGCGAAGAUGGUUUCAGGGCGCUGAGAGCGGCCAAGAACGCGGCUCCUUUGCUUCCGCCGUCGUCGUACUUUGCCAUUGCUAGUGACUCGCUGUGA